AAAUCAUGGUCACAUGUGAAAGUCAGACGUCUUGAAACAGCUGACGGCACGAGGAGUUUAAUGCGCUGAGAUCAUGUUGCAGCUCGUAGCAGCUGAUGUUAAUAAUGGCGUGUUCGUGUGCAGUUAGAUGCACAAAUGCAUGUGGUGUUAAAGAAACUUUUCAAUUGACUGAAAUGAUGAUGAUGAUGAAGAAGGAACACAAGGACGCAGAGCUGGAUAAAAAGAUCGAGGCCUUACGGAAGAAAAAUGAAGCACUUAUGAAACGCUACCAGGAAGUGGAGGAGGAUAAAAAGCGGGCGGAGCAGGAAGGGAUGGCACUCCACAGCAGGAAGGGAAAGACUGAUGAUCUGAUCAUCACCAUCAACAAGUCCUCCAACGAUCAGCGUGUGGUGACCAAGCGCUCGGGGCCCGGAGGACUGAGAGACGGAGAGCAGGAGAAGGAUCAGGGAUCGGGCGUCUUCAGCAUCGGGAGAGGAAAGAGACUGCAGCUGCUCGUCACAACGUCAGCAAACAUCAAGGGGAAGAGGGUGUUCGGUGAAAGAAAGGACAGAAACCAGCCCGUGAGUCCAGCGAGGUUGAAGUCCUGUGCUGAAGAAGAGCUGGAGUCCAGCAACACACGAGGAAAACAGCGACCUCAGUCUGCAAAGAGAGUCACGGAGGACGACUCAGAGAAACCAGAUCAAUGGAGUCAGUGUGAGGACUCGUAUGUCGUCCCGGUCACAGAGGCCGUCGCUGACCUGAACCUCGUCACAUCCAAAGAAGAGCAGCUGGAGUAUCUGCGGUGGAAGAAGGAGCGCGAGGAGAUCGACUGCGAGCGCGUGGCCCGACACAAGAACGCCAGAGGCCAGUGGAGGAGAGCCUGGGACAUGGAGAAAACCGAUCUGAUGUUCUCUGAAAAGGAACAUGCAGCAACAUCAAACAGAGGAGGUCGAAACACCAGAAGAGGAAAUAUGAGAGCAGAAGAAUCCAGAGUUCGGCAGCAGGCGUCAGACAGGAAGAGGAAGUGUGUUCCAGUGGAGUGCAGUAAAGCGACGGGUAAAGACCGUCUGACGGGUCGAGCGAGGAGGUGGGAUGCUAAAGAGCAGGAGGAGCAUUUGCAGGUGUAUCCAAAGAGCAGUUUGCAGGAGUUUUUAGAGGAACUCGAUGCUCUUUGUGCUCCUGAGGUGGAGAACGUCAAUCCAGAGACUGGCAUUGAAAACACAAAGCCACGUGCAUCUGAAGACUCAUCCAAAACGACCGUAGUCAAGACCCCCGACGGGACGGCAGAGCAGAAUGGACGUGUUUCUACAGAAUCCGCUCUCAAGGCCACCGAGAAAAAGGUCUGGUUUUCUGAAAACCACGACAGGAAUGGCACAGAAAAAACUUCACAGGUCAAGAACGGCCCUGUAGAAGAAGACAGCCGAACACUGGAGCGAGACCACAGCGAAUGUAUCCCGGAGGAGACAAAACCGGCCUCUCCGGAUCGGGAAAACCCCGUGGAGAAACUGAAUCCGCUCACUGAAGCCGGCGAAGCAUCGUGUCCCAAAGCCGGAGAUGUUCGUAUAUCGGCAGAACCGGACGAGAACCAACCUGUCGAACACAGCAAGAGCUGCUCAAACAGAGGGAACGAAGAACUGAUGGACUCGAGUCUGUCUGUCCUGAAUCUGGAGCCGGCCGAGUCUCUUCCCGACCGCAGCACCAGCGAUGAUAUGGCCAGAGAGAAUGGGAAAGUGGUUUAGACGGGAAAUGAUGUCGCUCACAUCUGGAGCGAAACGUCACGCACUAAAACCAAAACAAACAGAAGAACGAACAUACCACUUGCUUAUGUUUCUGACUGAUUCGGGCCUGUCUGAGUCAUUGCUCACACGACUCUGUGUUCGGAGUAUUUCCGGGAGCGUUUGAGCGUCGUGUUGUUGAUUGGAUGCUGAACGCUGAAAACACUGGUUGGGAUUGUUCUGCUUGGUUUAUCUUCUCGUAGGUGAAAGAUUGUUAAUGCUUCAACGCACAGUUAACCUUCAUCUGAGCCACCAAACCCAAAGCUCCGAUGGUUUUUGAUGGGUCUUUGGUGGGAUUUCAGUCUGAAAGCACUAGAAAACGACUUGAAUGUGUAACUUCAUGAAGUUUAGUGGAACAAACCCAUAGACACAGUGUGCAUUUAGACUUAACCAGCACAGUAACUGACUAACCUAGUCUAGUACUCUUCAUCAUAACUACAUCAUAAUAUGUCUGACAGAAGCCUUUAUCAUAUUCUUCAUAAGCACGUGUGUCGUGGGGUUUAGUGUGGAUAGUUCACAAGGAUGGUUCAAGUAUGUUAAUUAGCACUUUAUUUUGUAUGAAUGAACUGAAAGGUGUUAAACCAGUUGUUUGGUUUUGCUAUCUGAUUAAAAAUGAAGGACUAUUAAGGUCUAAAUUAUUUAGUUUUACAAAAGACUGCAGAAUGUUUACGACAUGAACGGUUUUAGUUACAGGCCGGUCGGUUUGAAGCAGGUUUACUUAAACUGCUAGUUUAGCACUCAGUAGUUUAUUGUUUGAUUGUUAAUGGCAAUGAAUUAUGAUCGUACUGAUGUUCAUCUUCACCAGGUUUCUGUAUUGCUGAGUCCAGACGAGUUGGACGGCGUUACGGCUUGAAGAACACACUUAAGGGUUUGAUGUUUUAAGUGACUAAGGGUUGAUUUUUAUAUUGUCACUUUAAGUAUUUUGUGUUCAUUUGGUUUUGAAAUGAAUGUUAAAUAUAAAUAAUUAGCAUUAAAAGCUUUUACCAGCCCUGUAUUGUGAUGCUUGCACUGAUUUCACUGGACAAAAUAUUAAAAUGCACUCAAAUUAUACCUACA